AGAUUUGCGCCCACUAGCGAGCUGCAGACGCGGGCACCCCUCGUCAAUCAAUGCAUGGACGGAGGAUUUACGGUGUUCUGCAGCAGCACGACGUUUGAAACACCCCACCGACACGUGUACCACGCACGCAGAAUCUGCACGCGCGUUUAAGUGGCCCCAAAACAUCAACGACUAUUCAACUUGCAGAUUUAAGCAUCUGCUUUGCUCACUUGCUGUUUACCCAAUUUGCUCCUCUUAUUCAAGCUCUCCAAGUUAUUUCUACAGAGAUAGAGCAGAAUCCUCUAUUCAUCUCCCACGUUCGCCCUCCACGCUUACGCCAUUCUACUAUGCCCGUCUGAAAUGAACCACGACCACCUCCCCUUAAAAAGCGCUACCGGUGGAUACGUCCCGUAUACGACGCCUAAAGCAGUUGGCUUUCGCCCUGACAACGCGCUGCGCUCAGUAAUGCUCACGCCGCCAGCCUCGGAACGCAGAAAAAAAAAGUUCAGCUUCAAAGGUUUGUACAAGUCGCUGACCACUCCCGCCGGUAGCACCAACGAAGCCAUGGUCUCUGACAUUCUCACCAACACGUACCGCAAACCCCACCAAUCACACUUGAACAAGCUCGAUUUGUCAUUGCCGAUAAGGCAGGCGAGGCCAAUGUCGCUUCCAUUGCCGUCACCACUCACCCAAACGCCUGCGAAGGCGAGUCCCUCACCCCAUACGAACGACAGCCUUCCUUCCCCCACCACCUCCUCUAUCGAUAUGCUCCACACCCCCGUCAACCAAAUUUACUCCUUCUCACCAUCCUUCCAAGGCCCACCACCUAUAUUCAGCGAGCCCGCGCACUACCUGACGGUGGAGGAGGAUGACGAAUGGUGUCCCGCUCCCCCUAACCUACCGCCGCCCGUCAAGCCGUUCGCCUACAAGCGCUCGCUGCGCAGACACAAGACGCUUCUCACCAGCACGUGCUGCAUCUGCCGUGAGUCACUAUCCUCCACCUUGGCCCACGUGCUGGAGAAAGUUCUUGAGAUGAACUGUGGGCACCCGGCCCACCAGGAAUGUUUUUCCGAGUUUGUCGCGUACAACGCCAUGACCCACCCCCGUGGAGAUAGUGUGGCCGCUAUGCGCCGUGCAAUCUUUGGCUCCUGUCCCGAGUGCGGUCGCAGCGGAACCCCCCAGCCGUGUGUACCUUCUGACGAGGGGUUGGUGGAUGCUUACAUUGCCGAAGCCCUUUUGACGACCCCAAACGUGUUCCGUGAGAACAAGGGAGCCUUUCAGAUUACCACAACCAACCACCUCGUCCCCGAGUCUCUCGCAGAUCCGAUAAGUUCGCUUGCCGCGGCCCUCUCCACCACUCUAAGCACAACCCCAGGACCCGUUUCGCCCCGGGCCACUUUUUAUCCCCUCCAUGCCUCCCUAUCUUCACCGAGACCCCUCCCCACGUCGCUUGGGAUCUCUCCCCUGAGACGGCUGGCCUCUCAGACCUAUUUGGUUCCGCGCAACAGCCCGUUUGUUGGUCACAGACGGGGCUCCUCCAUUUCUGGCGUGGCCUCUGUGAUCUCCUCUGCUUCGCCCACCAGACUCGUCCACUCGCGCUCGGUCUCUCCUUAUACCAGACCCUCGUCCGUCAAGUCGUCGCUCUAUAGCAAGAUGCCGCUCGCCGUCUUGCGAGCCAAAUUCACGGAAGAGCUUCUCGGCCGGACGCCGGAAAUGAAGUACGGCUCGUUGCGGUUGGUUGACCGCUUGGCAGCCAGUCUCGAGCUCCACGGUGAAUACAGGCCAUUCACGGUGAUGCUUUUUGAGCGGUGCAUCGUUUUAGUGGCCCCAAACUGCGCCAAACAGACGAUAGAGCUUCCAGUGGGAGCCAAGAUUUACGCCCCGUCCAGCGCAGCGUUAAAGAUCGUGGUGGACCAGGAUGUGUGCUUGUUCUUGCGCCCUCAGGACGACAGUCUGGGCACAGGGGUGUUGGAGAAGUGGGGGAUUGCGUUCCUGGACGCAAAGUUUGUCUUCCCCUCGGAGAUAUUCACCUCUACGGUGGUGCUACUGGCGGAUGAAACGGGAAAGGGAGCUUCUCAAGAGGUCAGAACGCCCACGCCAAAGCUUGUGACUGUCCCACCCUCUGAGCUCGUGCUAGUUCUCCACAAUGUGCGUUUCCAACCCGAUGAAAUUGCCGUUUUCCAAAAUAUUCUUCGUGGCUUGCUCAUUCUGGAGUUAAGGGUCAACGUGGUGGCCGAAAUGGCAACGUUUCCCCUUUGUCUGCACGACGACGUUCUCCGCAUUGGAACGGCGUUGGAAUACUUCCAUGAGCAGCCGGCUGGAGCAACGAUAAGUCAAGACCUUCGGAGAGACAUCCGGAAACUAGUGACUGCCAGUGACAAACCCGACGAAGUAGCCACUGUGGUUUUCACCACUGAGAACUACACCGGUGCCCCUCUCACCGACACUUUGAUGUUGCAGAUUGGAGGGCACAGUUCAAAUAGCUUGGGCAGCUGGGACGCAGUCAUGGAAACCAUGAUCAGGGAAUUGCGGUUGGAGGCGAAAUUUGACCAGUCUUUUGAGAGCGACAGCGAGGACGAAGACAGCUCAAACCUUGAUAAAGCGCCUGAAUGGACCGAAACCCUGGACAACGACGAUGACAGCGAUUCGGACGAGGAAUUGAUCAACCAAUUGGUGCAAAAGCACCUGCCCCUCCAAGCCUCGUACAACGAGUCAGCUUCUGAAAGCGACUCCGAUGACGAGUUAAUCCAUCGCAUUAUCGACCUGAAUCCACACGUAGAGUGUGAAACGUCGCCCAGCGAGGGUAGCGCCCAGAAUGCCCUCACGUUGGCACGGCUUUGUGCCUCGGACGAAGCCCGACCGAUCAAUAUCCGAAAACCUGACUCCUUGCGGAUGGGCUCCUCCCUGACACAGAUGUCCUUGACUCCCGAUGUCCGCUCGGAAAGCGAGCUCCUGGACUUGGGGGAGUCGCCAUUACGGCUUCGAUUGGAGACUCAGCCCAUCACCAUGCCACGCAUGGCUGCCUACCACUACCCCACCAAUAAAGAGGGAAACCAAGCUGGCCGUGGAGCCACUAAUGACUGGAAAAGCUUGUUUGCCGAUAUCGACAGGGCUUUGGAUGAAACGCGCUGCCCCUUGGAUAUGGCCUAACACUCUGCAAUAUGAUAAAGGGUGAGCGUAUCUCGAGGAAACAGGACUGAGUCGCUUUCGUUCUAAAGACCAAUGAUAGCCUUUGUUCUGGCGUAUGCCUGAGCUAUAUCUAAUGCCAAGUUAAUGUAAUAAUCUAUUUUCUGAAAUACCGGAACUGCUUUUUUUUUAAUCUAGUAUAAGUGAUCCAUGCACAGACAUUC